AUGAAACAUAGAACAGAAACUUAUGAAUUGGAUAGGGAUGGACAAGGAAACGAAGUGUAUGUUCUCAAGAAUGUGAGCCGAGCAGCGGCGGAACUUAGUGUUUGUAUGGACCCUUUCGGGGAAACUCAUGGUUCGUGGACGGAUCAGGAGAACGUAACCCGGAAGCAGCG